AAAAACAAUAUACACAGACGACCAAAAAAAAAAAAAGAUGAGUGAGAUCUCAAAUCCUCGAAAAUCAUUAUUAUUAAUCUCCUUAAUUUCUCUUCAAUUUCUUUCAGGUUUUUCAGCUGAUUCAAACUCUGAAAACAAGACAAAACCUCAUUCUUCAAGUAGAAUGAGUGGAUCUACAAUACUUGUACUAUGCAUCGCAGUAGCAACAGUUGUGGGUUUAUCGUUUUUCCUUUUCAGGCUAUGGCAAAAGAAGAAGCGUGAAGAGCAGUAUGCUCGUCUAUUGAAGCUUUUUGAAGAAGAUGAUGAGCUUGAGGUGGAACUUGGUCUUCGGGACUGAGCUGGUUGACAUGAUGGCGGUGUAAAUGGUAAUUCUGGAUGAAAAAUGUGAGUUCCAGGAGCCAAAGUAGAACAUGAACAGAAUAUGUAAAGAUGCCAUGCCAGUGCCAUACAUGGUGGGGAGAUAUGAAUCUUUUUAUCAAAAUGUGUAUUGAUAUGACCAAAGACACAAACUUCCCUUACUAUCUUCCCCUUCUUUGAUAUCUUUCUCAUCCUUUUUGGUUUCUAGGGAAAUAUUGUUUUUUUGUGUGUGAAGUAUUGCGAUCUUGACCUUGACAAAGGCUUGUAAAUUUGAUUUAUGUGAUUGAAAAGUAAUGGCAGAAACAAAUGGGUGAUUAUGUAUAUACAUAUUGUCACCCAAUUCAGCUCA